AUGAACUCUCUCGCCGCUGCCCGCUACGGCAAGGACAAUGUCCGCGUGUACAAGGUUCACCGCGAUGAGAAGACCGGUGAGCAGACCGUGGUCGAGAUGACCGUCUGCGUUCUGCUGGAGGGCGAUAUUGAGACCUCCUACACCAAGGCCGACAACAGCGUCGUCGUGGCCACCGACUCGAUCAAGAACACCAUCUACAUCACUGCCAAGCAGCAGCCCGUUACUCCCCCCGAGCUGUUCGGCUCCAUUCUCGGAAAUCACUUCAUCGAGAAGUACAGCCACAUCCACGCCGCUCACGUUAACAUCAUCACCCACCGCUGGGUGCGCAUGGACAUUGACGGCAAGCCUCACCCCCACUCCUUCGUUAAGGAGGGUGGCGAGACUCGCAAUGUCCAGGUUGAUGUUGUCGAGGGCAAGGGUAUCGAUAUCAACUCCUCCAUCAACGGCCUGACUGUCCUCAAGAGCACCGGCUCCCAGUUCCACAGCUUCCUCCGCGACGAGUUCACCACUCUCAAGGAGACCUGGGACCGUAUUCUGAGCACCAGUGUUGAUGCCAGCUGGCAGUGGCGCCGCUUCAGCGGUCUGUCUGAGGUCAAGGCCAACGCCAACAAGUUCAACCCCGCCUGGGAGAAUGCCCGCAACACCACCCUCAAGACCUUCGCCGAGGAUAACAGCGCCAGUGUCCAGGCCACUAUGUACAAGAUGAGCGAGCUGAUCCUCGCUGCUGUGCCGGAUCUCGACACUGUCUCCUACGCCCUGCCCAACAUCCACUAUUUCGAGAUCGACCUCAGCUGGCACAAGGGCACCAAGAACACUGGCAAGGACGCCGAGGUUUACGCCCCCCAGUCCGGCCCCAACGGUCUCAUCAAGUGCACCGUUGCCCGCAACCAGAAGGCCAAGUUGUAA